AUGGAGACAGCGCAGGAGUAUCAAGCCUUCUCACCUUCACCAAAGAAACUUGGAGGCCUAACAUUACUGGCUUUGUGUUGUUUGGGCCUGCUCGGUUUAAUACUUGCAGGCGUAAUUGUGAUCGCCCUAAUACCUGUGUAUUUAGAAAGACACGGCAUCAAUGGCCCUGAACGAGAAAGUAAUAUUAUUCAACUAAUUUAUAAUCUGCCCUUAUCAAAUACGGCAUUAAUUGUUAAUGGGCAAGUACCACAAUCAAGAUAUGAAGUGUUGCAAAAUAUACUACAACAACAGUUGGAUAAUGCAACCAGCGGCAGCCCAGCAAAAAAAACACAAGUUAAAGUGAUCAAUGUUAUCGUAAAACAACCACAAAGCAUUGAGCAAGAGGGAAAACGUCAAGCACCAUCGCAGACAGUGCAAGAAUUCCAUCGUUACUAUUAUGCUACCGAAGCAGGACCUAAUGAUUCAAAAACUUCAACUCAAUUCAUAGUUGAAUUUCGACUGCUUUUUUCUACUGACUGCCCUACAACGAUUUGUCAAAGGGGUGAAGUACAAACAGUAACAACUCAAACGUUUACUGUCAUUCGAUUUGAAGAGGACCUAUUUAACAUAUUCUUUGGUUUAACAACGUCAAGCGGCAGUAAUGGUCCAAGUGUAACAACUAACCAGAUGGCAUCUUUAUUCUCUGUACCCAUUUCAAGCAUUAUGCCAACAACUGUUUCAGCUUUGUCCCAAGAAACGGGAAGAACAAAACAUUCCCGUCCAACGAAGCCUGAAACUUCUAAACGAGCGUUCACUUCACUAUUUCCCUCAAAAAUAUCAAGCGCAUCGAGUGCCACAAGUAACCGGCCACAAACAGAGUCAUUCACUUCAUCCACUAGUGGUACGUAUCCAGGUCUUUCUCAUAGGAUCUCAUACAAAUUGAAAAGUAAUUUUAGGAGCUUUGAAUACGAGAAAUGUUUUCUUUCUACUUUUUUCUCGUAUUAAUCGUAAAUAGGGUUGUUCGUAGCUCCAAGAUUUCUCACUAACGCAGUGUUGUGGAGAGCUCGAACUGGUCUUAAAUUGAUGAAAACACAUUUUUGAUAUUUUUUUGCUGCUUUUCUAAUCACAAAUCUAGACCGAAUAGCAAAAACUGGGCUCUAUUAGCCUCUAGCCACAUGUAUCAGCUUCAAUUUAAGACCUUCACUAGCUCUCUGCGAUGUUUCGUUAUCCGAGAAAUGUUGGAGCUACGAAAUGGUGUUAAGCUGAAAGUCGCGUGGUGCCAGUAUGUGAUGCAAGUUUUAGGGCUUCCAGCAAAACUCUCAUAACUCUUGAUCAGAACAUCAUUCAGAGCUGGGGGACAUCUCAUUUUGAUCAGAAAUGUUUACUGUAUUUUCAUGUAUUACUGAAAGUAGUUUUGAUUUGCUUUUUAAUAGGAAAGUAAAAUCUUUUCGAAAUUUUCAGAAAACAUUUCUAAAACCUUUCAUAACCCUUCGAUGAGGGCCAUAUAGCAUUGGGACCUUAAAUAUAUACUGUUUAAAGUGGACACAAGAUACGAUGUAGCAUGGACGAAUUGGUUAUUAGCAUGUUUUCUGGUGUAUUUUCUUUCGACUAUGAGUGCGCUUAGUUUUCUUUGAUCAGAAUGUGCUCCCGUGAUCAAGGCAUUGAUUAUUUCGAGAACUGCUACAAGAGCUGAGACGGCAUGGUAUGACAAUUAUGUUACUACUCGGGUACUUUAAAGGUGCUGUGCUUGAACUUCGAUGCUGACAGGUCGUGUAAUAACCUUGAGCAAGUUACUUACGUCUCAGCUCCUUCGAUCAUCCGUCUGACCGCACAUUUACUACAUCAUGACCUACAGCACAGCUGCUUCAGCUAGCUUUUGUGGCUUUUCAGGAAGGUAGCACUUGGCUAUUAAUUGUGUAUGAGUAGCUUAAGUAAUUGAGGGAAAGAACUCUGCGUUAAGGUAGGCGUUUUGUCAGGACUGCAGUUGAUGAUUAGUAAUGAGCAGCUCGUCAACUACAGGGAAGACAUUAAGCUGUUGAAACUGCCAUGGCAACACCCGGGAACGAUACCUAUAAGGAGAGAUAGUGCUUCAAAAACUCACUUGCCUUCGAAGCGGCCGUGUGCUGGUUGAAACUUCACCUCUGAUAUCUUUUUCUGGCUCUUUGCUUUUGUCUCAGACUACAUGAAUUUAUUCAUCUGGCUUCUAGGAUAUUCAUUGCGGCACGUUUCGAAGAAAUGGGCGGUUGCUUUUCAUUUAUUAUUUUUUCUUCCCGGAAAAAACACAUUAAAUAGAUUUUUUUUUGAAGAACAACUAUUUCAAUUCACUUUUUUAAAAAUCUUUGAGAAAAACCUGUUUAAAUUAAUUUUCCAAAACCUUCACUUAAAAUCAUUCUGAUUAACUUUUUCUGUGAGAAAUCCAUUUAAACGUCUCUGUCUUAAUAAAUCUGAUUUUAGUCUUUGACAAAAUCUAUUUAAGUUACUUUAAUCUCUGAGCUGCAGAAAAAGAUAUUCAAAUUAACCUUUAACAAGGACCAAAAUCAGCCUGAUUGAGAACAAAACUAAUUUCGACAGAUUUUUUCCACGGAAAGUUCCGCCGAAUGCAAACAACUCAAUUUCUCGAGUAAAAAAAAUGCUAACUCAAAACAAAUGAUACAUUAAUGCACUAAGACCUAAAAAACACUCCCACAGAAUCUACAUCCGAAAAAAAGCAAGAAAGGACACCACAAGAAGCUAUCUAUAUACAAUUCAAAGUUGACAAAAACAAGAGACAAAACACAAGCAGAAAAAUUAACAAUCAUCUCUCAAACGCUUUCUUUAGUUGUUGGCAAAAUCAGCGGAUCUAGUACCGCACCGGUUAAUGUCCCACAGACAUAUACAAUCAGUUACACUACAGGAACAAACUAUAAUUGGUCUUCUAGUCUAUCACCAUUUAC